AUGCAGGUCUCUCUCCUCCUGUAUGCUACAGCCACACAGGUCUCUCUCCUCCUGUAGGCUACAGCCAAGCAGGUCUCUCUCCUCCUGUAUGCUACAGGUCUCUUUCCUCCUGUAGGCUACAGCCAAGCAGGUUUCUCUCCUUCUGUAUGAUACUGGUCUCUCUCCUCCUGUAGGCUAUAGCCAAGCAGGUCUCUGAAUGAAUAAUACAUGAUAAUAGAGAAGGGAGAUGGCAGCAUCACAACCUCUGUGCUACUCAACGAGAGCUUACAUAAACGCUCUAGAGUGGAGUGACGUCUGGGACUGGGUUUAGAUGUGUGUGUGUGUGGAGUGACGUCAGUCUAUGAGAUGGUGUGCAGAUAUACAGUAGUUUCCUCUGACUCACUGGUUGGGUCAGAGCAUCAGACUGCCACGUAGUGCCCUGCUAGCUAGCUACUGGCCAUGAGGGGGGAUAGAAAGGAGGAGAAGCCCUGAAGUUGUGGUCGCAAAAACACUGUCACCAUCAACACCACACGGGAGCAUCGAUUACAGACUGAGGAGGCUCUUUUUACUGUGCUCUCAUGAUGGGGAAUGUGUACACAACAGAUUAAAGAAAAAGUUGCGCUCAUCUCUCCUUGCUGUGGAUUUAUUUGACUAAGGUUUUGGCUACAGAGCCUUGAUCAGACAGGGUGUGAUGGGAUGGGGAAUAUAUCUGAUCCCCUUUUGUUGCCUCAUCUCCCCCAGCCCGUGGAGGCUACAGACGAUGCCUUCUGGGACCAGUUCUGGACGGAGACUGCCACUACCGUCCAGGAUGUGUUUGCUCUGGUGCCGGCAGCGGAGAUACGAGCCGUCAGAGAAGAAUCUCCCUCCAAUCUGGCAACCCUCUGUUACAAGGUAAUGUAGGCUACUAGGGUGUGUAUGUGUCUGUAUGGGUGUGUCUGUGUCUGUCUGUGUGUGUGUGGGGGGGGGGGGGACGUGUUUAACUAUACUUUUGGGGACCAGAAGUUCCCACAAGAAUAGUAAACAAACACAAAUUUGACCAACUGGGGGCAUUUUGUUGGUCCCCACGAGGUCAAAUGCUAUUUCUAGGGGGUUAAGGCUAGAAUUAGUUAGGGUUAGAAUUAGGUUUUGGAUUAGGAGCUAGUUUUAAGGUUAUAUAUAUGCGGUCCAUAUUUAAUAAUAAUAAACAUUUCAAUGUAGGCCUAUCCAUUUAGGCCAGUGUAAGGGGUUAAUCUUUUGUCUACCUUGUUUACAGUUGGUGUAAAAGGAAUGCAAGAAGGAGCACAGGAACAUUACAGUGGGUGUAUUCUGAGAGUUUAGUGGUGCUGUAGUGUAACAGGUGUAUUCUGAGUGUUUAGUGGUGCUGUAGUGUAACAGGUGUGUUCUGAGUGUUUAGUGGUGCUGUAGUGUAACAGGUGUGUUUAGUGGUGCUGUAGUGUAACAGGUGUAUUCUGAGUGUUUAGUGGUGCUGUAGUGUAACAGGUGUGUUUAGUGGUGCUGUAGUGUAACAGGUGUGUUUAGUGGUGCUGUACUGUAACAGGUGUAUUCUGAGUGUUUAGUGGUGCUGUAGUGUAACAGGUGUGUUUAGUGGUGCUGUAGUAUAACAGGUGUGUUUAGUGGUGCUGUAGUGUAACAGGUGUGUUUAGUGGUGCUGUACUGUAACAGGUGUGUUUAGUGGUGCUGUACUGUAACAGGUGUAUUCUGAGUGUUUAGUGGUGCUGUAGUGUAACAGGUGUGCUUAGUGGUGCUGUACUGUAACAGGUGUGUUUAGUGGUGCUGUACUGUAACAGGUGUAUUCUGAGUGUUUAGUGGUGCUGUAGUGUAACAGGUGUGUUUAGUGGUGCUGUAGUGUAACAGGUGUGUUUAGUGGUGCUGUACCCUAACAGGUGUGUUUAGUGGUGCUGUAGUGUAACAGGUGUGUUUAGUGGUGCUGUAGUGUAACAGGUGUGUUUAGUGGUGCUGUAGUGUAACAGGUGUAUUCUGAGUGUUUAGUGGUGCUGUAGUGUAACAAGUGUGUUUAGUGGUGCUGUAGUGUAACAGGUGUAUUUAGUGGUGCUGUAGUGUAACAGGUGUGUUUAGUGGUGCUGUAGUGUAACAGGUGUGUUAAGUGGUGCUGUAGUGUAACAAGUGUGUUUAGUGGUGCUGUAGUGUAACAGGUGUAUUUAGUGGUGCUGUAGUGUAACAGGUGUGUUUAGUGGUGCUGUAGUGUAACAGGUGUGUUAAGUGGUGCUGUACUGUAGUAUUGGUCAGGUGUUCCAUCUGUGUUUGCUUCUAAUAUGUCUCUAGUGGGUUUUAAAUAGAAAGAGGGACUGAGCAUGUGUGUGUUUGACCCUUUUCUGUAUUUAAACAGACUAUUGGUUACCUUGGAUACAGUUGGUGUAAAAGGAAUGGUAGUGUUUGUUGUUCCCAGUUUGAGGGAAUUUAAAGGCUGUAUUAAUGCAGCAGAUGGACAGGACUAUUGGAAAUGGAAUUUUAUGCCUGUGUCGAGCCUCAAGGGUCUACUGUAGAAGACCUAAAAUAGAAACACUUGCAUAAGGAAGAAAUUAAGCAGUUUGUGUGUGUGUUUUAUUUGACUAACUAUACAUGUUAAUGUGUCCAUUCCAGGCAGUGGAGAAGCUAGUCCAGGGGGCUGACUCUGGUUGUCCCUCAGAGAAGGAGAGACAGAUCGUCCUGAACUGCGUCCGUCUGCUCACACGUAUCCUACCAUACAUCUUUGAGGACGCAGACUGGAGAGGGUUCUUCUGGUCCACCGUGCCUGGUGCAGGGAGAGCUGGGGUAAGUGUACUGUUCUCCUCAUCAUGGCUGAGGUUAAACUGACCAGAACGGCGCCAUCCAAUAGAGAUAAGAAAUGCUGUGCAGAAGUGUUCUGUGCUACCCUAGCCCAUUGGACAUGUAGCCCUUUGAAGUUGUGAUUUCAUCAUACAGUGAGGGAAAACAGUAUUUGAUCCCCUGCUGAUUUUGUAUGUUUUCCCACUGACAAAGAAAUGAUCAGUCUAUCAUUUUAAUGGUAGGUUUAUUUGAACAGUGAGAGAUAGAAUAACAACAAAAUAAUCCAGAAAAACGCAUGUCAAAAAUGUUUUAAAUUGAUUUGCAUUUUAAUGAGGGAAAUAAGUAUUUGACCCCCUCUCAAUCAGAAAGAUUUCUGUCUCCCAGGUGUCUUUUAUACAGGUAACGAGCUGAGAUUAGGAGCACACUCUUAAAGGGAGUGCUCCUAAUCUCAGCUUGUUACCUGUAUAAAAGACACCUGUCCACAGAAGCAAUCAAUCAAUCAGAUUCCAAACUCUCCACCAUGGCCAAGACCAAAGAGCUCUCCAAGGAUGUCAGGGACAAGAUUGUAGACCUACACAAGGCUGGAAUCGGCUACAAGACCAUCGCCAAGCAGCUUGGUGAGAAGGUGGUGCGAUUAUUCGCAAAUGGAAGAAACACAAAAGAACUGUCAAUCUCCCUCGGCCUGGGGCUCCAUGCAAGAUCUCACCUCGUAGAGUUGCAAUGAUCAUGAGAACGGUGAGGAAUCAGCCCAGAACUACACGGGAGGAUCUUGUCAAUGAUCUCAAGGCAGCUGGGACCAUAGUCACCAAGAAAACACACUACGCCGUGAAGGACUGAAAUCCUGCAGCGCCCGCAAGGUCCCCCUGCUCAAGAAAGCACAUAUACAGGCCCGUCUGAAGUUUGCCAAUGAACAUCUGAAUGAUUCAGAGGAGAACUGGGUGAAAGUGCUCUUUAGCAUCAACUCAACUCGCUGUGUUUGGAGGAGGAGGAAUGCUGCCUAUGACCCCAAGAACACCAUCCCCACCGUCAAACAUGGAGGUGGAAACAUUAUGCUUUGGGGGUGUUUUUCUGCUAAGGGGACAGGACAACUUCACUGCAUCAAAGGGACGAUGGACGGGGCCAUGUACCGUCAAAUCUUGGGUGAGAACCUCCUUCCCUCAGCCAGUGCAUUGAAAAUGGGUUGUGGAUGGGUAUUCCAGCAUGACAAUGACCCAAAACACAUGGCCAAGGCAACAAAGGAGUGGCUCAAGAAGAAGCACAUUAAGGUCCUGGAGUGGCCUAGCCAGUCUCCAGACCUUAAUCCCAUAGAAAAUCUGUGGAGGGAGCUGAAGGUUCGAGUUGCCAAACGUCAGCCUCGAAACCUUAAUGACUUGGAGAAGAUCUGCAAAGAGGAGUGGGACAAAAUCCCUCCUGAGAUGUGUGCAAACCUGGUGGCCAACUACAAGAAACGUCUGACCUCUGUGAUUGCCAACAAGGGUUUUGCCACCAAGUACUAAGUCAUGUUUUGCAGAGGGGUCAAAUUCUUAUUUCCCUCAUUAAAAUGCAAAUCAAUUUAUAACAUUUUUGACAUGCGUUUUUUCUGAAUUUUUUUGUUGUUAUCUGUCUCUCACUGUUCAAAUAAACCUACCAUUAAAAUGAUGGACUGAUCAUGUCUUUGUCAGUGGGCAAACGUACAAAAUCAGCAGGGGAUCAAAUACUUUUUUCCCUCACUGUAUAUGCAAUUUGCGUAUCGGUUUAUCAGAGGUCAUGGUCAUUAUUAAUUAUUAAUUUGUUAGUUUGAGACUCACUUUUCUGUUCCCUUCAUUUUUGGCUCCUCUGGGCAAAUUAAGAGGGAUGCACACUGCCAAGGAUGCUAGCCUCUGUCUCCACUUGCUAGCCUCUCUCUCAAGCUUUCUGGCGGCUUGAGUAGAAAAGAUUGCCUGUUACGCAAUCCAUUAAAUGAACUCAGUCUCUCAGAAUCAGUGUGUGUUCUCUUCUCCCUAUGAACUUACAUCAGCAUGCCUGCCAUGUCUCUACAGAGAGAGAGAGAGAGAGAGAGAGAGAGAGAGAGACGUGAUUGGAUCAGACCAGUGAGUUCAUGACUGCUUCACCAUAGUCCAGAUCCAGCACUGCCACUGACUGAACAAAUCAUUUCAUUUCGGAUGGGAUUACUUUAUCUACAGAUAGAUGUACUUGUUUACAGAUCAUUGGAUAGAGUUUGUUUUUUCUCAAGGUGAAAUGCAUGCUGGGAAAUGAUCACCCAAGAUGCACUGUGUAAGUGGGUUGGAGAGCAGACAGACACAGGAAGGCUAUUCUUUCCUUGCGUUGGGUUUGAUCUGUCAUCACCCUUUUCAGCUUUGUAUGAAACAGAUCUUCUACUUGGAUCUGUGAAUGAGUGCCUCACUCUGUUACUGUCUGCCCCCCCCUACUACUGCAGCUACUGCUGUGUUGUCUGGUGGGAACUGCAUGGAUUCAGGUUUUCAAAGCUCUGACCUGCCAGUGUUUUAAGAUGUGACCAAGCUGGGGUUUGUUCAUUAGGGCACACCUUACACAAGGUUUUUGAUACAUUUUGAUAACACGAAACAUUUAAUGUUUUUUAUUUUUGGACAAUAUUAUGUAGUACCUCCCCGUUUCAGUCCGUUUUCUUCCGUUUUCAUGCCUAAUGAACACUACCCUGGGGUUGAGCUCACUAUCCCAGGCAGAGAGAGUUCUUUGAGUUGGGGAUUUCCUUCUCCCUCCAUGUCUGCUAAUUGUUGAGCCAGCUGGGUCUCCUGUUACCUGGUCUGUAGAGCACCUCAGCCUGCCUGAACACUGCUCAUAUUGUGUCCCCCUCCCUCUUGCCUCCCCAUGCAUCCCUCCUGGCCAGUGGUUGAAUUGAGGAGGUAUUGGAUAACCUUCUUAAUUAAAGUGAGAGGCUGGACGGGUGAAUGGGGAACUAUUAUGGGAAUAUGUGUGAAUGCGGAAUGACUGUAGCAAUCAAUGAGGAGGCAUUCUCUACUACGCACUGAUUUGGACUGGUUGGGAUACUAUGGUUAUAAAAUAGUCUCAAAACACAAUUGAGUUUGAUAUUUUUAUGCAGUGCUACUGAGCCCAUCAUAUACUACAGUAAUACUAUAUAAAUGUACAAUUAGUAUCUCAAUGACAUGAUUCCUGUGACCAAGCUCUUUCUCUGUCUCCUAGCAGGGUUGAUUGAUUUUUUUUUUAAUUUGCCAGUUAAAGAAAACAUAUACACAUAUACAUUCUAAAAAACGUGACGGGGAUAACACAAUAAAGUCAGACUUACAGUAUUUCCAUUGUGGAAAUGGAGCAAAAUAAACAACACAGUUUAAAGGGAUACUUCUGGAUUUUAGCAAUGUAACCCUUUAUCUACUUCCCCAGAGUCUGAUGAACUCAUGGAUACAUUUUUAUGUCUCUGUGUCCAGUAUGAAGGGAGUUAGAAGUAGUUUUGCUAGCCAAUACUAACUAGCGUUAGUCUCUGGGUAUCCCCCCCCCCCCCAAAAAAAAUAAAAAAAUAAAAAAUAGCACAGAUAUUUACAAUAUUUACAGAGCUCUCUGCCACAGUGCCAUGGGAACCACGGAACCAGGAUGAAGGUGAUGAUGAUAAGGAUUGGAUUGUGUCCUAGGAGGAGAAGGAUGAUGAUGAUGAUGAUGAUGAUGAUGUCUUAUCUCCCAGCAGGAUGAAGGUGAUGAUGAUGGAGCGAGGCCCCUGGCUGAGUCUCUCCUCCUAG